AAACAUAACCUAUCUUAUUAUAGGUUAACUUUAAUGUUACCUCGUGUUUACGCCAGAGUUUUUAAAAAUUACAGUAGCAAAAUGAGUAUUUUUGUGCAAAAACUGAAUCCUAUCACGGGUCUCAACGAUUGGACAGUGCAACAAGAGGAUUAUGAUUAUCAUCAAGAAGUGGCAAGAUCAUCUUUCGCAGAUAUGCUUCAUGAUACUGAAAGAAAUCAAAAAUACGAAUCUGCACUUAAAUCAGCGAUAAAAAUGAUGCAUGCAAAUGGGAAAAAGGCAAACGUGUUAGAUAUAGGAACAGGUACUGGACUGCUAUCAAUGAUGGCUGUGAAACACGGAGCCGAUAGUGUUGUGGCAUGUGAAGCCUUUGUGCCGAUGAGUGAAUGUGCUCAGAAAGUAAUAAAACGCAAUGGUUUUAACGAAAAAAUCAAAAUUAUACCGAAGCGAUCAACAGAAUUAACAGUGGGACCCAAUGGCGAUUUAUCAACACGCUGCAAUAUUUUAGUGACGGAAGUUUUUGACACUGAGUUGAUUGGUGAGGGUGCCAUGGCUACAUUUACUCAUGCACAUAAAGUUUUGUUGGAGAAAGAUUGUAUAGUUGUACCACAGUCAGCAACGAUCUAUGCACAAGUUGUAGAGAGCCCGUUUAUACAAAAUUGGAACAAAUUAAAAGAUGUAUAUGAUGAUGAAGGCAAAUUGUUGAUUAAAAUUCCACCGAUGAUAAGAAACUGUGCUGGGUCUGCUGCAGUUCAUGAUUUGCAGUUGAGUCAAAUUAACUUAGAUCUAGUUAAGUUUCUAACUGCACCAGUACCAGUCUUCCGAUUUGAUUGGUCCGGUCGUACCCCUUUAAUUUUUGAACAGUCUACAAUUCAUUCUAUCAGAGCGAAUCGUGCUGGAGUAGCUCAGGCGGUUUUUAUGUGGUGGGAUUUACAAAUGGACACAGAGGGUAAAGUUAUUUUAAGCUGUGCGCCACACUGGGUACACUCUGUGGCAAAAGAUUGUAUUCAGUGGAGAGAUCACUGGAUGCAAGCAAUUUAUUAUUUACCACAAGAAGUUAUUAUUAACAGAGAUAUGGAAAUUAAUUUAAUCAGUUCACAUGAUGAAUAUUCACUUUGGUUUAAUGUAAGGUCUGAUCUUAAGCUUACAAAUACUGAUUACUUGAAACCAAUAUGUGAAUGCGGGUUGCAUAUGACUGUUUCACGUACACGAGUGGGUCAAAUAAAUGACUCCCUUAGGAAUAAGAAAUAUAUUAGUCUCUUGGAAAAAAAUGUAAAUAGAAAUAGUGUCAUAUUAGUGUUAAGUGAUGGUUUUUAUUUAAGUUUAUGUGCAGCAAAAUUGGGAGCAAAGAAAAUAUAUUACAUAGAAACCAACCAUUUAUCUAGAAAAAUUUUGCUUGACUUUAUUCAGCAUAAUGAAAUUUCGAACGUAGAAAUAUUCGAAAAUAUUGAAGCUUUACAAAGUCAUGAACAUCUUGACAAAAUUAAUAUGGUUUUUGGAGAACCAUAUUUUUUGAAUAAUAUAUUGCCUUGGGAUAAUUUAUUAUUUUCGUAUCUUUUGAAAGGAGUAAAGACUUUAUUAACAGGUGACGCAAAAAUAUUUCCUAAAACCGUUGUUAUUAAAGCUUUAGCUGUCAAAUUUAGUGACUUAAAUAAAAUUCGACUACCACUGGGUGAAUGUGAAGGAUUUUUAAUGAAGGACUUUGAUGAACUUAUACAGACGUCUAGUAAUAUAAGUGAUGAUAAUGUUGAAGCGCAACCACUUUGGGAGUAUCCAGGGAUCGCUUUGAGCAAAACUCUAGAAAUCAUUACUAUUGACUUAACUAGUAUACCAGAAAAAGUCAUUGAGCGGUCUGGACAAUUUGAUAUAGAAGAAAGACAAGGUCCAUGUAAUGGUAUUGCACUGUGGGUUGAAUGGAUUAAUGAUGAAGAUCUUAAGAAUGUAAUUUCUUCAGGGCCUAUCUUAAGCCCUCAAAUAGGACACUCCAUAGACUGGGACGUUCAUACUAGGCAAGGAGUUUGUUUAUUUGCAGACCGAUCUACAUCUAAAAUUGACUAUACAUUUAAAUUUGAUUUUAAUGAAGGCAACAUCAGCUUUAGGUGUAAUUAGUUAUCUGAAUAUAUUUAGUACCUUAAAACUAAGGCUUUUUGUUGACUUUCAUGAAACCAACAUUGAGGGACCACAUCAUCUGCAAAGAACAAAUGAGUUACAUGAUUUACUUAAUUAAAUGAUUUGCAUUAUUCCAACAACUGUGAUAUGUUCGUUUCAUCGUCAUUGAUUUUUUGCCACAUACAUCAUUAAAUCCAUUAAAUGUUGAAUAGACCUGG